UCUCGGGGCGCGGGAAGGCUCGGGAGCGCGGGGUGGCCGUGUCCCCGACCGUGUGCCCGGCCGAGGGCCCCGCCGAGGACCCCGCCGUCCUCCGGGCUCGGCCUGCCCGCUCUGGGGGCGCGACCUGGGGGCGGAGAGGCCGGGCAGGAGCCGCGCCGGCCCGGACACUGACCGGCCAUCCCGUGUUGGUGGCAGCACAUCGUCAGAGCAGGGGUGGAGGCGAGGGUAACUGACAGAAUCUAAAAGGAGACAKAUUGACCAAACAUGGAAGAGGAUACCAAACCUAUCUUGGUUCCUGUGGGAGGCGAUGAAAGCAAUUAUGGAAUCAUGAAUAUACAGUUUAAUCCAGAAGACUAUAAGUGCAAAAGACCAUUUCAUGUGGAGCCCACGAACAUAGUCAGUGUGAAUGAUGACACGCAAAGAGUCACUGAUGAAGCUUCAGCAAUGAAUAAGCGGAUUCAUUACUAUAGCAGGCUCACAUCCCCUGCAGACAGGGCACUGAUUGCUCCUGAUCAUGUACUCCCAGCUCCUGAAGAAAUCUAUGUGUACAGUCCAUUGGGAACUGCUUUUAAAGUUGACAGUUGCACAGAUGGCUAUGGUAAAAACUCCAGUCUAGUGACAAUAUUUAUGAUAUGGAAUACUAUGAUGGGUACAUCCAUAUUAUGUAUCCCAUGGGGAAUAAAACAGGCAGGCUUUACUUCUGGAAUUAUUCUCGUCUUGCUGAUGGGCAUUUUGACUCUUUAUUGCUGUUACAGAGUUGUGAAAUCWCGGCAAAUGAUACCUUUAAUAGAUACCUCAAACUGGGAAUUUCCAGAUGUUUGCAAGUAUUACUUUGGAUCCUUUGGUCAAUGGUCAAGCCUCUUAUUUUCAAUGGUAUCACUUGUUGGAGCCAUGGUUGUUUAUUGGGUACUUAUGUCCAACUGUCUGUUCAACACAGGGAAAUUUAUAUAUAAUUUUGUUCAUGACAUUAAUGUAACAGAUAUUGUUCCUGGCACCAAUGGAAGUAACAAAGUCAUUUGUCCAAGUGCUGCUAGCGGUGACCCACCACAGAACAGGAGUGUGAUAUUCUCUUCUGGCAACAGAACAGGUUUUGAACUCUUUGAGGAAUGGUGGGACAAAUCACAAACAGUACCAUUUUACCUGAUAGUAGUUCUUCUACCCCUGCUGAAUCUGAAGUCUCCGUCCUUCUUUGCAAAGUUUAAUGUUCUGGGUACAGUUUCAGUUGUCUACUUAGUUUUUCUGGUUACAGUAAAGGCUGCUCGUCUGGGAAUACACAUAGAAUUCAACUGGUUUACAGAGAACGAAUUUUUUGUACCAGAGUUUAGAAUUUUGUUUCCUCAGCUCACGGGGGUUCUAACACUUGCCUUCUUCAUCCACAAUUGUGUCAUCACACUUCUUCAGAAUAACAGGAAUCAAGAAAACAAUGUGAGAGAUCUCUCUAUUGCAUACUUCCUGGUUGGACUAACAUAUCUGUAUGUUGGAGUGCUAGUUUUUGCAUCUUUUCCUUCUCCACCAUUAUCCAAAGAAUGCAUUGAACAGAAUUUUCUAAACAACUUUCCCAGUGAUGACAUCAUGUCGUUUGUUGCAAGAAUAUUCCUGCUGUUCCAAAUGAUGACUGUAUACCCAUUGUUGGGCUAUCUGGCACGAGUUCAGCUGUUAAGACAGUUUUUUGGAAAUGCUUACCCAAGCCUUGUCCAUGUGCUUGUCCUGAACAUAGCUAUUGUAGGAGCUGGAGUAGCAAUGGCAAGAUUUUAUCCAAAUAUCGGUGGUAUCAUAAGAUACUCCGGAGCAACAUGUGGUCUGGCCUUUGUAUUCGUGUAUCCAUCACUCAUCUACAUGAUCUCCCUGCACCGUGCUGGGCAGCUGACGUGGCCAGCAUUGAUCAUUCACAUCUUUAUAAUUCUCCUUGGACUGGCUAAUCUGAUUGCACAAUUCCUAUUGUGAAAACUGCCCCUUCUCCCGUGGCUGUCACAAGUGGUGCUGCGAUAUUUGGCAACAGCCUUGAGCAACACUGUCCGGCAUGAGAACAGUCCUCAAUGUGAUGAUCUUGGGRAAAGCUGCACCUUUGAAACAAAUUCAGAGUACAUCAUUCAGUUGCUUGACAGGAAACGUGUCUUGCUCCUCUGAAAAUGCUAUUUUAUGAGAAGUGAAAUGCUUCAGAURUGAGGGAUCCUAUUCUUCUAGUUUUGUUGAAGGUACAUCAAAAAUUAAUAAAGCUCAAAUGUUUUAAUUUUUUACAGCAUAUUUCUCCAAACACAAAAUUUUCAGCCUCAAGCCGUGGAAGCUCCWAAGGAACUGUCCUUACCUUGACAGCAAACAUGCUUUCUCAGUAUUGUUCAAUGACUCUUUGAAAUGUUCUUUUGUUGCAAUUAUUUUCCUGAUUUGUGUGGAAAAUGAAGAAAUUAUUGUCUUUCCUUUUUUUUAGGUUAAUUUAUAGUCACUUGGGUCAAAAUGCACUCUUAAUUUUGAAUACACUAUUAAAUUGUUUUGGCAAUAUUUUUCCUCUAGGAAAUUCCGACAAAGAGRAACAAUAAACUCAUGUUUCAGUGUUCUAUUCAGAACCAAUAUGUACACAAGUUAUUUGUGAUCUCACAAUACAAAAAAGUUAGGAGGAUAAAAAAAACUAGAACAAGACAAUUAAAACUAAUAUUCUAGGCUUGACCUCAGUUCAACUCUGUUACUGAGCUGUUUUGUGCUGUGAGGUUGUCUUGUCAGGAGUUGCAUGUGGUUUUAURGAUGCAUGGUGUACACAGCAUUUGAUCAUCACAGGCUUGCUCCCUCCCUUGUAGGGACUGCCUCUGGUGGCCUCUCACUUUCRCACUACCUUACUGUAGACAUUUUGGAUGUGAGCAGCAAGACCAAGCCAGCAGUCUUCAGAAUCAUGGAUUAAGUCAAAGAAUUUAAGUUUUAAAUAAUUCCUGUCAGAAGCUGGAAGAAUCUGGGAAGUUUUUGUUGUGGGCUGGGUGACUCCUUGUUUACGAAUUAGGAGUGUGUUCAUGUGUAAGCACACAGACACCUUCUUUCACCUACUGUCUGUAAGUCUGUGUCUUAACCCAAAACAUGUAGUAAUUAAGUUGCCAGACACUAGUGGAAUGUCAUUUUUURUGGCUGGAGAUAGAGUAGAAACUCCUCUUUGUGCAGAACUUCAGUGUAUUAAAAUAAUCAACAAAUGCAGAAUAAUUGAAAGAAAACUCUGAGCAAUGCUAAAUUCCAAAGUAAAAGAGGAAARAAGUUGGAGUGGUGCGAUGUCUGUGAAGUAGGAGUUGGGAAAGAUAAUUACAUUGUAGGGUAAGUGUUCAUAUUUGCAUUAGAAAGACAGUGAAAACAUAACCUAGAUUAUUACCAUGCUUCUCUGGGAAAUAAUGUGAAUCUUUUUAGUAUUGGUGUAAAUCUAUUUGUUUUACUUAGGUUCUUCAAACUGUGUAAAGGACACUCAAUUUCCUAAAUAUCCUUUGAUUUGUAUGAAAUACAAGAUAUAUCGGUGUGGAAUAUUAUCUGCAGAAUACAAAGGUUAUUUCCAACUGUUUUUUUUCUUGUGAAACUUUCUGUGCCUUCAAAUCAGAAUUGGAGAAAACAUCCAUCAUCUGUUCUGUAUUAGUGAGAGCUAUCUGCCCUAUCCUGGUCAUUUUCUCCUGUCUAUACACUUGCAAGAAAAGUACCUGAAAACCAAAAGGAAAGGACAAAAGAUACAGAUUUCCUAGCCUUGUUGGCUUGCUCACAUUAAGCUCUCGUUCUUGUUUCUUAUAGAUUCAGUACUUAAUUUAGGUACAAACCCCAAUGAGUGCAUGCAAUUAAAUUUGAUUAUAUCCUUCCAUGUUCCAUUUGUAUAUGAUUCCAUGAUUUAUAUCCUUGCCUUGAAGCUGAGAGUAAUAUGCCCUAUUAUUUUAGCAGAAUUAAAUUCUGUUGGGGCAGAAUUUAUCUAGCAGCCAACACUACUUCCUAACAAUGACAGAAUUAUUGGUGAAUGUUCUAUUUGCAUUUUGUAUCUGCCUCUUUUUGCYGUUGAGCAAUAUAUGACUGAGUUAAUAUUUAGAAGGAAAUUAUUCAGUACUUUUCUGAAAGCCUGUUCUAGCUCUGCAUUACAGAGAUAUAUUCUAGCUGCACUAUU